AUGACUGUUGGUAGCACGUCAACUGAUAUUGAUCUCGGAGUAAUGGAGACUCCAUCGCCAUCUAAUAGUUCAAAAGCAAUUACCAAUGAGAUUAAAAUGACUGAUUUAGCACAAUCCAUUCAACAGAUCACUCUAGAUCUUACUUACAUUAAAAGUAGAUUUGAAGUUCACUUUAAUUCCAAGCCCAAGAUUGAUCCAAAGAUUAAUGUGAAUAAUCUAGUAAUCAUGCCUGAUUUACCAGAACCUUAUAACUUGGUCAAUGCAUCAAGUGAUCCACGUUAUCCUACCCAAGUUAGCAUAAUUCAGUUGAGAAAUGAGGUGUGGAAAAUCCAUAGAGAUCUCAUAGAUGUUGAAAUGAGAGUGAAACCUUAUCCAAGUUAUAAUAAAGGAAUUCGUUAUUAUGUAUACUUGGUGAGCAGUAUUUUGCUCGCUAUUUUAGAAGUAGCCAGUAUAAUUUACUUCUGGGUAGGAGUAGCAAGAAUUGGGUCAACUAAAAGUAAGCUGACUCCUAGUUUCUAA